AUGGAGAAGCAGCUGGAGCAGUUAGCAGCCUUGUUGGUGCGGCAAGCAGAUGCAGCAGAACGGGCCCAGAAGGAGUCUCAACGCAGGGAAGAACGCAUGAGUAAACUCCUGGAGGGCUUGGUGUCUCAGCAAACCCACGCCGACGGUACAACAGCACACUCUGCCGGCGACAACAGCACAAGCAACGAGUCCCUCGACAAUAGCAGCACACCGGCUAGAUUUCCCGUCACCGCUGCAACGGCACCACGUCUGGCAUCAUCUGCGUCCUUGCAGCAGCACUCUUCUCUCCUGGACGACGAGUGGACGCGGAUCCUUCGUUACGUCAUCAGUGUGGAAGAAGACGCCGACCUGGACGAGGUUUUGGAUGCCAUGGAGUGUUACCUUCGGGGACAGCGUAACAUCAUCGUUGAUAGGAGGGACUUCUACUCUCGGGUGCAAGAACCGGGAGAAAGUUUUGACGACUUUCUUUGUGCUAUUAAGGAAAUAGCGAACUUCAGCGACUUUUGUGACAAGUGCCUGGACAAUAGACUGCGUGAUCGCAUUGUGGUCGGUACGAGUGACGAGGUAGCUUUGAUACGCAUGUUAGAGGACCGAAAGCUAACACUACAAACAGCGAUUGAUCUGUGUAGAGCAUCCGAAAGUGCAAACCAGUGUAGUGCCGUGAUCAGGGGCUCUGCAGGUCAUACAGUGAACAAGGUGUCCAAUUACAAGAAAAUGCAGAAAACUGGCACCAAAGUAAAAACUGGUACUAUGUGUUACCGCUGUGGAAAAGACUGUCGCAGUGGCAAGCAGGGGUGUCGAGCAGUUAACAGAAACUGCACUAAGUGUGGUAAACGAGGGCACUUUGCAGUUGUGUGUCAGUCAGCUGUGCAAGUAUCGUGCCGCGAAGCUUUUAAGCACCUUGUGAAUCCCUCGCUAAAACCCUCGAGUGCCAAGCGUAACCGUAAGACGGUGUACCAGUUCCUUGGAGGCGUGUAUACCAGACGAGUGACCGCGCGCCCCGCGCCACGGGUUAAAGUUGAGGCCACGCACCCUGCAGGACGUGACACGGUCGUGUGGACACCAGAUUCCGGGGCAGAAACGACUGUAAUUUCUCUGUCUACCCUGAACCCUGUUGAUGACGACAUUUUUGCUGCUGGUGAACAGCCACUCACCUGUUUGGGAACCUUCCAGUCACACCUGGAAUUGGGUGAGAAACAGACAGAGACAACAGUGACAGUCGUCAAGGAGAUCAAGGGAGCCUUACUCAGCUGGUACGACUCCAUCGCUCUUGGGAUUCUGCCAGAAAACUUUCCUGCCCAGAUUAACGCGAUUCAGCAACCGAAGAAACGACGCUGCCAGGAACAGAAGGUCGAACCACGAUCACUUUCGGCGGCACCAUCAUCAGCAGAACUACCGACCCGACACCGUCACAUUACGGCUCCACGAACGAUUCCCUACGCCUGGCGUCAAGACAUCAAGCAUCAGUUGGAUGAACUACUAGACAAGGACAUAAUUGAGAAGGUUGACUACCCGACGGAUUGGUGCCAUCCUAUUGUGCCGGUGCCUAAGAAGCCAUCAGGUGUGAGACUGUGUGUCGAUCUCACUCGUCUUAAUCGUUACGUGAGAAGACCAGCGUAUCCUGUUCGCUCACCCCAUGACGCUAUAUCUUCUAUGGGAUCUGCGGCAUGGUUUACUACCCUCGACGCCAAGAUGGGUUACUUUCAAAUUAAGAUCGCAGACGAGGAUCAAGACCUGACGUGCUUCAUAACACCCUGGGGCCGGUUCAAGUUUAAACGUGCUGUCAUGGGGCUAGUCUCGUCAGGAGAUGAGUACAACCAACGGGGUGACAAAGCACUUGGAGACAUCCCGCAAACCAUCAAGAUCGUGGACGAUAUUCUGGCCUACGACACAACGUAUAAAGACCAUCUUGCACACGUCAUCAACAUUGUGCAUCGUUGUGAUCAGCACGGCGUCACUUUGAACAAAGGAAAAUUCAAGUUUGGAGAAAACAUGAUCGACUUUUGUGGCUACACCAUCUCACCUUUAGGAUACACCAGUGAUGCGCGGAAGACGCAGGCGAUUGCUGAUUUCGAGGCCACAAAACAUCACUGA